UCGGACAAACAACAAAAUAUCUGGCUGGCUAGGAACUCACUAUGUAUAAGGCAGGCUGACCUCAAACUCACAGAAAUGGGCCCGCCUCAGCGUCCUGGGUUAAGGAUCUACAUCAUCUCGCUUGACUUUGUAAGUUCUCUUGAGGCCAAUUUAGAUUUUUAAGGUUUAUUUAGUAAAAUAGGGUAGGUGCUCAAUUUCUCGAAUACCUCCAUUUAGUUUUAAUUUUGUAUUUAUAUUUUGUAUGUAAGUCAUGGGUCAAUGAAUAUAAAUUAUCUUUAGCUAUUUAUACUUACUUUUUUUUUAAACUUCGUUUUUUGAGACAAAGUUUCUCUGUAUAACAGCCCUAGCUGGAACCCGCUUUGUAGACCAGAACCUUGAGCUCACAGAGAUCCGCUGUCACUGCUUCCCAGUGCUUGGCAUUAAAGGCAUGCGCUAACACGCUCGGCUACACUUACUCUUAAAGUCUGUAGCUUAACGUAUGAUAAAACAAAAUUUCUUAUAUGGAAUGUAACACCAUCUUUAGGUUAAUUUUUGUCUCAUGUACCUUGUCUUUUAGUGGUCAGUAUAGUAAAGAAGACUGUGAAACUAAAAUGGGUUAGAGAUUUACAAACUCAGACACACAGUCUUUUAAAAUGUGUGCACACUGAAGUUUUAACAACAAUAUAGAUAUUGUUAAUUAUGCCAAUGCUGCUUCCUCCCGUGGAGCCAUAGAGGACCAUUACUUAGCCUUUCUGCCCUCGAAAGGAGCUGACGGUGGCAGCAUUAAUCCACAUUGUCAUAGCAAAGAUGCUCCCCACCCCCUGGCUGUCAUAGCUAAAGUGCUUCCCAUGCCCAGGGCUAGAUUUACUUUUACAAAACCACAGUACUAUUUUUAUAUCAGUACAAAUUUGUGCAGAACACACAACGUCGGUAUCCAGAGGGAUCAGUUUUCUCCCCCUACUCCAUAUGUGCUUGCAAUACCUUGUUUGGACCAAAAUUCUGCAGAGAACUGUCUGCUGCACCUGGUUGCUAGGCGUUUAUCUCCUCUAACCAACAGCAGUUUCUUAUCUCCCUUUUUUCUUUACCAUUUAAAAUUUAGCUGUUUGUAUGUAGUUUUGAAUGUGCCUCUAUUUCCUCUGUGACCUCUCCUCCACUGGCUAAGUCUUGAAUUACAUUGUCCAGUGUGGUAGUCAUCAGCUAGCCAUGCUAUUUUAAAUGAAAUAAAAGUGGUUCCCCAGUUGCAUUAGCUGCGUUAGUCCAGCAGUCAUAGGUUGCCGAGUGACUACUGUUUGAGUAAUGCAGAUACAAAUGUUUCCUUCAUUACAGAAAGUUCUGUUGAAAUACAGUGAUCAAAGUGUUAGAUUCAACCUUGUUUUUUUUGAUGAGAGGUGCAAGAAAAAUGCCAUAGGUGUAGGUUUUAUAUUAUGAAAAUUAUCUGUUGCAUGCAUUACCAGGGAGACAUGUAAUAUCUGAGUCCUCCCAUUUGGGAUGUUACAAUUGAGCUGUGCAGUGGUUUCUGUUAGUUGCUCCAGAGUCUUCCAGUUAAUAGGGAGAUCUUUCAUGGCUGGCUGUGCCUGGGUCUGUUACUGCACGGCAGCCACAGAGCGGCCCUUUCUAGUUGUGUUGUGUCUCAGUGCUUGCUUAGCUGGCGUUCUGAUGAAGAGCCUGCCUUCCACAACUAUCGGACUACCCUGAAAUAUAAUUGGGACAGGAACGGCAAGAGAAAUGCUUAACUCUGUUCCUUUCUUUUCAGACUACAGCAAUGAAUUGGUGGCCUAGCAACCUUCAAAGGCUUCAGCCCAAAGGCUGUUGUGAAUACUGACUUCUGCCUGUUGGCUGGCUGUGGAGCCCACGUUAGCAUUCGAUGUCCGGUUGCCAGAACAAAGGGGAUUUAGUGAUGGAAGCCUUGUUGGAAGGAAUACAAAAUCGAGGGCAUAGCGGGGGAUUUUUGACAUCCUGUGAAGCAGAACUGCAGGAGCUCAUGAAACAGAUCGAUAUAAUGGUGGCACAUAAGAAAUCUGAAUGGGAGGGGCAGACGCACGCGCUGGAGACUUGUUUGGACAUCCGUGAUCGGGAGCUGAAGACGCUGAGAAGUCAGCUGGACAUGAAGCACAAGGAGAUUGGAAUGUUGCAUCAGCAGAUAGAAGAACAUGAAAAAAUCAAGCAAGAAAUGGCCAUGGAGUAUAAGCAGGAAUUAAAGAAACUGCAGGAGGAAUUAGGCAGACUGAAGAGAAGCUAUGAAAAGCUGCAGAAAAAGCAACUAAGAGAAUUCAGAGGAAAUACCAAAAGUCUGCGGGAGGAUCGGUCUGAGAUUGAGAGGCUAACUGGAAAAAUAGAGGAGUUCCGUCAGAAGUCUCUGGACUGGGAGAAGCAGCGUUUGAUUUAUCAGCAACAGAUAUCUUCUCUGGAAGCACAGAGGAAGGCUUUAGCUGACCAGUCGGAGAUCAUUCAGGCUCAGCUUGCUAACCGGAAACAGAAAUUAGAGUCUGUGGAGCUGUCCAGCCAGUCAGAAAUCCAGCACCUGAGCAGUAAGCUCGAGCGGGCUAAGGACACCAUUUGUGCCAACGAGCUGGAAAUAGAGCGCCUCAAUAUGAGGGUCAAUGAUCUGAUGGGGACCAAUAUGACUAUCCUGCAGGAGCAGCGGCAAAAGGAGGAGAAACUGAGGGAGUCUGAAAAGUUAUUAGAGGCUCUGCAGGAAGAACAGAAAGGAUUGAAGGCGAGUCUUCAAUCUCAAGAAAACUUCAUCCUUGAGGCAAAAAUGCAGAAGGAGAAACUGCAAACAAAAUUAAAGACAGUUGACACUCAGCACUCCAUAGAAAGUAUGAGGCCGCUGGAGAACUGUCAGGUGGAAAGGAAGUUCCCUUCUCCAGGCCCAGGAGUCCUAGAUAAUGUGCUGUCACAGUUGGACUUCAGCCACACCAGCGAGGAGCUCCUGCAGGCAGAGGUGACUCGUCUUGAAGGCAGUUUGGAAUCUGUGAGUGCAACAUGUAAACAGCUGAGCCAAGAAUUAAUGGAAAAAUAUGAAGAACUGAAGAGAAUGGAAGGGCAUAACAAUGAGUACAGGACCGAGAUUAAAAAGUUGAAAGAACAGAUUCUGCAGGCUGAUCAGACCUAUAGCUCUGCGCUGGAAGGAAUGAAGAUGGAAAUCUCCCAGCUGACUCGGGAGUUACACCAGCGAGAUAUCACUAUUGCUUCUGCCAAGUGCUCUUCCUCAGACAUGGAAAAGCAGCUGAAGACAGAGAUGCAGAAAGCAGAAGAAAAGGCAGCUGAGCAUAAGAAGAUUCUGAGUCAGCUAGAAUCACUCAAGAUAGAAAAUCGCCGUCUUUCUGAAACAGUGAUGAAGCUGGAACUGGGCUUGCACGAGGCAAAAGAGAUUUCACUAGCAGACCUUCAGGAGAAUUAUAUUGAGGCAUUAAAUAAAUUAGUGUCUGAAAAUCAACAACUCCAGAAAGAUCUGAUGAACACCAAGUCUCAGCUGCAGCAUGCUACUCUCGUGUGUAAAAAAAAAGAUGACAGGAUCUUUAAACCAACACACACCAGAGCAGCCGAGUUCAAGAACACAGAACUUAAGCCAACCCAUGGCCACCAGCACAGACAUGAUGGAAUAAAGACUGAGCAGUAUAAAACAGGUCACCACUCGCCUCGAGAACAAAUAUUGGGUAGCAAAGACCCCAUGGCCAGGGGCCCCAGUCCCCGGAGUUCUCACAUCAGCCCUGACAGCUCCACCGUGUCUCUGCCUUCCAACUUUCUGUGCCAUGCUCACUCUUUGCCUUCAAUACUAGAUAUAAACGAUGCCAACUUUUCUGACGUCCUGUCUGACUGUAUGAAUGACCAAGAAGAGUUUGUGUCUUCGUGCUCGCUGCCCGUCUCUCCUCUGGGAUCCAUAGCUACCAGGUUCCUGGAGGAGGAGGAGCUCCGGUCUCACCAUAUUCUAGAGCGCCUGGAUGCACACAUUGAAGAGCUGAGAAGAGAAAGUGAGAGGACGGUGAGGCAGUUCACGGCCCUCGUGUAGCCCUGGACAGCCGCAGACAGAAGACUUGGUUAUAAAGUUGUAAUACAGACGAUGCCUGUGAGAGCAGCGGUGAAGGAUCUGCGCUAAUUAUUUUCACUGACUUGUUUGAAAGACUUCUCCCAACAGUAACUUGUGAGAAUAAACCAAUUUGCAGACUUUU